GAGGAAAAAUACCACUGUCCUUUUAAUUAGUGCGCGCGUAGUUUUUUCUAGUGUUCGAUAGACAUAGUUUACCAUAGUAAUUUGUCAGUAUUUUUACCCUGGUUGUUUAAUACACCAUAAUCUCCAUCCGGGGACAUAAAUGGCACAGAAUAAACUCUCACCUUGAAUGUGGCACAUAUUCGGAUGGUGUUAUGCUAUUCAAAUCCAAUAUGAUUAUACUUCUUGUUGUGUUCGUGCUUACGUUUACUAGUAUUUCUUCAUUUGAUGCAAGCUCUAGCAGCAAUGUUUGCGAUUCACAACAGAAACUAUUCGACCCCAUUAUCAAGAGCGGAAAAGCUUUGGAAGUAUUCUACUUCGUCAAUGAUACAAAAGAAACGAUUCAGUUGACAUGGGCAGGUGAAAACAGUGGGGUUUUAAUACUAGUGACGAUGACUGAGGGGGAGUCUGGCCCUGGACUAACAUCCGACAUAUAUCGUAGUGACAACAACGGUAAAACGUUCACAAAAAUUACGCAGCAGUUAGGUGAGAGUAUUUACAUCCGGAGAGAAAAUGGCCUUCAGCGUCAUCAGAAUCAGAGAGAUUCAAAAGAACUAUUUGUGAUAUGUUAUGAUGUGGAAAAUAUGACCAGGUCUAUGAUUUUUGUUACUGAAGAUGGAGGUUCUACUUGGGAAAGGUCUAGUGUACCAUUUGUCUUAAGUGGUCAGCUGCGUUUUUAUCCACGUGAAAGACUCUCUCCAUGGGUUUUAACUUUAGAAGAAAAAACCUCGAUUUUAUAUCUGUCACUUGAUAACGGUAAAACAUGGAAAAACAUUCACGAUAAUGUUGUGGAUUACUUUUGGUCUGUUUAUGAAAUAGAUCCAGGAGAAACAGUGUACAUACUUUAUCAUCCACAAUCCAGUAAAAAUGCAAGUGAAAGGCACAUACUAGCAAAAUCUUCUGAUUUUGGAUUAACUUGGACUGAACUUUUGAAGGAUGUUAUAAGAGUAUGGGCCCCACGUGGAGUUAAAGUUGAUAUCCCCAGACCUCAUGAUAAAAGUAGUAUUUCUUUUGAUUUGGAGACAAAGCAAGACUAUGAAACGAUAAAACUAGGACACUUUCUCUACGCAUCACACUUUUCAGAUACCAAAAACCAAACUGUACAGCUUAGUGUGUCAACUGAUGGUGGUCGGACAUUCAAUAAAGCCCAUUUGCCGACUAUACAAGCAGAAAGGUUUUAUUCAGUUUUGGAAGUUGAAGAUGAUUCAGCGUUUGUUCAUGUGGAUGCACCUAAUGACACUGGUUAUGGAGCAUUAUUUAUAUCCGAUAUCAGUGGUGCAAUAUUUAGUGAAUCACUACGACAUCAUUUAUACCCAAAUCAUGCACCUGUGACAGAUUUCUAUCGUGUAGCAUCAAUGCGUGGUACAUAUUUGGCUACACGUUUAAAUCCAGAUCGUACAUUGUAUACAGUGAUUACACAUGAUCGUGGUGCAAGUUGGCAUCCUUUAGGAACACCGAUUAAUGUUCAAGAUACUUGUCAAAGUAAACCAGCAACAUCAACGACAUCGUCAACAACGACAACAACCACAGAUGCGACGGCAGAGGCAACAAUAACAGAGACUACAUUUAAUGAUGCUACUAUGUCUACUGUCAAGGUCAAUAAUCAUAAUAAUAUUACGAUGAGUAAUGUAGGUAGUGAAUACAUCAGUGAUGUAAUCAGUACAUCUGAUAACUCUUUGAGUUCGACAACAAAUAAUCCUUCAAGAGAUCCUGUACAGACAAAUAUUGAGAAUUCUACUCCAAGUGAAAUAUGGAGACCUGAUCCAAAUAUGAGUGAUUUAUUGUCUACAGACCCAUCAUCAGUAAAGGUUUGUGGUUUACAAAUAAGCAAUCAAUUCAGCAUUAAAAAUCGUGUUAUCGCUUCUCCACCAUUGUCAAUAGCCGCAGCACCGGGACUGAUAUUAGCUCAUGGACAUGUGGCAACACAUUUGAAAAAUACACCAGCCGAUGUAUUUGUCAGUUCUGAUGGUGGAUAUACAUGGCUUAAAGCACUUGAUGGACCACAUCAUUAUCAAAUAGCUAAUCGUGGAGGUUUAAUUGUAGCUGUCCCAGCUGAAACUCUAUGGCCAGAUGUAUUACGUUUUAGUACAGAUGAAGGUAAAUGUUGGCAUACUAUUCCUUUACGUACUGGACAAUGGAGUAUUAAUGAAUCAAAUCGAUAUCAAGUUAACAGUAAUGAAGAUGAUUCAAUGAAAAGUCAAACUCAUCAUGAUGAUAUGUUGGAUGAUAGUGAAGAAUCUCUGGAUAAGAUUAAAUCAGCUUCAGUGAAAGUAACAGAUAUACCUUCUUCAACUGAAGGACAAAGAAUUGUCUUUGAUAAAAAUACAAUUCCUACUACCACUGGAUCAAGUUCGGAUGCUGUCCCUCAUACAACGACCACCAUAACUACUAUUACUACUUCUACUACUGUUAAUGCCAGUACAGUAAACAAUAUCAAUAAUGGUACUAAUAAUAUUUCACCUAUGAGCAGUACUAUGUCGUCACCUAUAAAUCAAAUGCAUGCAGACAGUCAUCAUCAAUUUCAAACCAAUGAUGAUAAAUGGUCAUCUGCAUCAUCAUCAUCAUCAUCCCAGAGAACUGAUGAAAUAGUUGUGUUUACUGGAUUAGUUACAGAACCUGGUGGUCGAGCUAUGGCUGCUGCUGUGUACGGUUAUGGUACAGCUACACAAAGAUGGAGAGUAGCAGUAGUUGAUUUUCGAACAAAUGGAAUGAUCAAACGAAAAUGCACAUCUGAUGAUUAUGAAACUUGGAUACCGCACUCAUCUAAUGAAGGUGGUAAAGACGGUUGUUUACUUGGUGUUCGUGAACAAUUCAAACGAUUGAAAAAAGAUUCUCUUUGUGCAAAUGAAUAUGAAAUGGAAACGCGUGUACAAGUGGAAUUUUGUCCAUGCACUCAAAGUGAUUAUGAGUGUACAUCCUCAACUGAUGAAAACUUUACGGAACUUAAUGUUAAACUGUGUCAUAAUGAAACUGAAUACUAA